GUCCACCACAGAGUCCAGAUCUUGGACUUAAGAGGGAGAAAGCUCGAGGAGCAGGUGUCCACAAAGUGCAGCACUUUCCUCCGUGCGGCGCGUAGCUGUUUCUUCUGUUCAUGUGAAGUGAUGAGAGUCGAGUCGCGUCUGUGAUUCGUGUUCGUGCUGAAGAAAGUGAAACCUUCUCAUUUAAUUUGAAGUCGUGUGUUCCUUCUGGUUUCACACUCACUGGACUCUUGUGUGCGUCUGCGAUGGAGCUGUCUCUGCUCUAUCUGAGUCUGCUGCUCCUCCCUGUGUCUGCAGAGGUCCUGAAGGUGGAGCCAGACUUAGACCAGUUCUUCAGUAGAGCUUACCUCACUCUGUGGUGUGAGGGGAAGGCGUCUGUGAAGAGGAUCAGGACUGGGUCUGACCAGGUCCAGUCCUGUGGGGAUGAUCGGGACUUUGGUGUCAUCAGAGGGUCCAGCUGUGUCAUUCGUUUCCUCUUCUCCUCUGCUUCUGGAUUGUACUGGUGUGAGUCUGCAGCUGGACUCAGGGGCCCACAGCGCCCCCUCUCUGUCACAGACAGAGACCUGAUCCUGGACGGUCCUGCACUUCCUGUAACAGCAGGAAGUGACAUCACACUUCGCUGUUGGAUCAGGCCUGGGCCUAAGCUGAGUCCGGUUCUGGUGAAAGAUGGUUCUGUGGUCCACAACGGGUCAGACUGGAGCUUCACCGUGUCCAAGGAACAUGAAGGAGAAUACACCUGUAAAGACCAGACGACAGGGGCGGAGUCAGAGAGGAGGAGCCUCCGAGUCACAGAAAGUCCUGGGCUCCUGAAGGUGGAGCCAGACUCAGACCAGUUCUUGAGUGGAGAGAUCAUCUCUCUGACGUGUGAGGAGCAGUGGUCUGUGAAGAGGAACAGGACUGGGUCUGACCAGGUCCAGUCCUGUGGGAGAAAUAAGGACUUUGGUUUCAUCAGUGAGUCCAGAUGUGUUAUUUUUAACCCCUCCCCCUCCUCUGCUUCUGGAUUGUACUGGUGUGAGUCUGCAGCUGGACUCAGGGGCCCACAGCGCCCCCUCUCUGUCACAGACAGACUCCUGAUCCUGGACGGUCCUGCACUUCCUGUAACAGCAGGAAGUGACAUCACACUCCGCUGUCGGACCAGGACCAGGUCUGGUCUGAGUCCGGUUCUGGUGAAAGAUGGUUCUGUGGUCCACAGUGGGUCAGACUGGAGCUUCACCGUGUCCAAGGAACAUGAAGGAGAAUACACCUGUAAAGACCAGACGACAGGGGCGGAGUCAGAGAGGAGGAGCCUCCGAGUCACAGAGCGUGAAAACACUCCCGCUGGUUUCACUGUGGUUCUGCUCGGUGCUCUGGGAGGUCUGGUUCUGUUCGGUCUGGUCCUGGGUCUGGUCCUGGUUUUCCUCAGACGUCGUCGGACUCAAACAGGUUCUGACCCGGAGUCUGUGGAUGUGACGUACGCUGACGUCACUGUGAGGAGAGCGGAGAGAGCGCCUCCUCCUGGUCGUCAUGAGGAGGAGACUGUUUACUCUGGAGUCAAGACUCGCCCCAAAGGACCAGAGGAGGUGACCUACGGAGAAGUGACCAUCAAACCCAACGACAAGAAGAAGAAGAGAAAGAGAGAAGAUCCCAACGGUCCGUGGUCCGACCCAGAUGUGGUUUAUUCCAGCGUCAGGACCAGAGGUUCUGGAGGAGCUCAUAUGGACCCUCACUGAGAGAACAUGACCCCAGAACAUGACUCUAGAACAUGACUCCUAGAACAUGACCCCAGAA